AAAUGGCUUUGAUUCUUUGAAGAAAGAGCAAACAAUGACAAGGCAUGAAGGAAAUUUUGAUUUAACAUCGGUGUACUACAUUAAUUCCUCUCACCGUUGAUGAUAAAGCCUAAGAUGAGAUAAGAACACGUUGUUGCGCACGUGUUCGGUGUGGUGGCCAGUGUUACUAGAUAAUCCAAUUAUAGUCAAGUAGAUUAGACCAACGUCAGUGCUGAUACUAUAGCACCGACAACACAGUUCUUUGCUGUCAUCAUGUUUUUAAACUGCGUUUUGUGCAUAUCUCUGAAGACUUUUUGAAGCAUCGAAUGAUGUGCCAGUUAAUGAUAUUUUAUUGAUCAUCAGAAAUUGUGCCCUUCCAGUAAAAUACCUCACUGAAACAUUCAUCACAAUCCAAAAAUGCCUGGUGUUGAGAAUCCUGAGACAAAUCCACGGACUCUCUCUGAAGUACUGGGACAGAGAAGCAUUCUGGGAGUUGUAGUUUUGAUCACAUGGUUGGUGCUAUUCCACCUUCUGGUGAACGUAUGGCUACUGUGCAUCUUUACCAGCCUUUUGGUAGUGCUGGGUGGAUGGCUGGGAUCUCGCGUUGCUUUGGAUGCCGACAGCCUCCUUCACUUGGAGCAUUUCCUCCCCCUGAUAGAUGACUCUCCUCAGGCUCACACUUCCACAGAAAGUGAGCGAAAACUGGACUGGGAGAUUCAGAGUGCCAUCGAUAAGGCUGUGCGGGACUUUGUGUCAUCCUGGUACAGUAGUUUUGUUUCAAUAGGAGGGGGUGAGUUUGAAUGGGAGGUGAGGAAUGCUAUGCUGGAAGCUGCUGGGGAAUUAAAGAGGAGGGCAAAGCUGGUGGACAGAAGGGAACUGGCUCACAGGAUUCUUGAGCUUUGUGGUUGCCAUCUGCAGAGCUUCGGCCAUGCCAAGCAGCUCCAGCUGAAUGAAUCUCACCAAAAAGAAACGGAAGGCAAUAGCUCCACACUGUGGAGUUUUUACAGUAAAGUUGACCUGCCUCACCCUGCACUGGCCAGUCAAGCUACCCAGCUUUCCUACUCUAGAGCACUAGUAGAUCUCCUCAUGCAUGUCCUCAUUUCACAGUCUCACCUGGAAACACGAACAGGCCGGUACAUGGUGAGAGAGCUCAUUACAUGUAAUGUUCUUCUGCCCCUAGUGACAAGAAUAUCCAAUCCAGAUUGGUUAAAUCAGAUGAUUGUGGACGUGUUCACCAAGUCCACUGACAAAGAAGAAACACUCUGUGUAAGCCCACAGCAAUUGCCUCCAGCACACCUGGAGGAAUCCCAUAGCAGCUUUUGGAAACGUGACCCCCCGAUUGCUUUUGACUGUCCAGAAACCUCCAGCAUGCAGACAGCUUGGUCUGUAUCUACAGCUCCCCUCCAUGAUUCUUCUGAAUCAAGUUUUCACAGUCAAUGGUCAUCCAGUGAAAAUGUGCAAAGAAGGAAAAGCUCAGAAAUGCUUUUUCCAAAGAGAAUAAUCCAAAAUACAGCCAAGGUCCUUCAAUCUCCGUACCGCACCAGCCGUCUUUACGGACACACUGACUGUGACUUGGAAUCACCUUCUUCUGAAGGCAGGAAGUCAUCUAUUGAGUCUAUAAGACAAACUGAAUCAGAAGAGGAUUCGAUAGAGAAUUUCUGUGACUGCAUAUGUCCUUCAGAUUUUUGUGGCUUGGUUGGUUUGGAGGAGGACACGUUGUGCCGUUUAGGAAAGUGUUUUAAGCGAAACAUAAUUUCAGAGCCCCCUUCGCGGCCUGAGAAAACUGUGGAAGAGUCAGCAGUUGGACCACUAAAUCACUUGGAUUCAUUCGGUGCAGAAAGCCUAGGAAGUGUAAAUGGACCAGUAACGAUUCAAAACUUGCAAAUAAGUGGGACUAUCAAAGCCAAAACGCAAAAAAGCAACGACACUUAUGCUUAUACUCUUUACACUAUAAAGUAUAAAGCUGCUGUAGAGGAGUCAACCAAUGAUCAACCUGUCACAUAUCGCACUGUAAAACGGCGCUAUAGUGAGUUCCUAAAUCUGCAAUCACGUUUGGAGGAAAGACCUGAUCUCAAAAAGGUUAUUAAAAAUGUCAAAGGUCCAAAGAAACUUUUUCCAGACCUUCCCUUCAGCAACACAGACACAGACAAAGUGGAAGCCAGGAGAAGCCAGCUGGAAUCAUUCCUCACGAAACUCUGUGCCAUCCCGGAGGCAGCCAACAGUGAGGAAGUACGCGAGUUCCUUGCACUCAACACUGAUGCCAGAACAGCUUUCCAGAAGAAACCAUCCAGUUCACGUAUAGACAAGAUGGUGGAGAACAUAGUUGACACUUUAAAGACGACAUUCCCACGCUCGGAGCCCCAGAGCCCCACAGAGGAAGGAGAUCAACAGAAAAAGCCCCGUCUGAGAUUCUCCAGUAAAAUUGCUCCAACGCUUAAUGUCCCAGACCUGGGACCUAAAGUGUCAUACUCAUUCAGUGAACACUGCCCAGUUCUUAGAGGGUUCUCACUAUCAGAUCUGGAGGGUUUUUUGAAGGAGCAGGAGAUGCAGGUGGAUGGUGUUUUCAAGAGUCAACUGAGGAACAAAGAGGAACAGAAACCUGUGGAAAAGAAAGAAAGAGGAACAGACACGGCACUGGCGGACAUCGCUCUGAAUAUCUUGUGUUUGCUGAUGAAGGACAGGUGGAGCUGGCUGUGUACAGAAAACAUCCAGAAAACCAUCAGACUGCUCUUUGGCACUUUUAUUGAAAGGUGGUUAGAAGUUGGCAUAGCCCACCUGACCAGCACAUCAUGCUGGGUGAUCUAUCUACGGGUUCUCCAGAAUGCAGUGUGGCCCAGAGGUGAGCUGCCUGCGGGACCACGGCCAGAGAGAAGUGCAGAGCAGAUAGAAAAGACCAGACUCCAUUGCGUGCAGUGCCUCAUGGAGCUGUUCCCAGAGUUAAUUACAGACAUGCUUGGCUCUGGGAAAUGCAGGCUGGUUUGGGAACAUGUAGUGGACUCUGUACAGGACCCCAGUAUCAACAGGCACUUGGUUUACUGUAUCUUUGACCUGCUGCUGGAGUUCCUGAUUCCAGAAAUUUCCAAACAGACAUUCCAGAGGUCUUUAUUUCACAGUCUUCCAGGGGAUGUAGAGAGAAUACCAUUAUCUGUCUGAGGACACUGUGUUUCUUCCAUGGUUUCAGACUGAGGAUAUUUGUAUCUGCUUUUAUCAGUCUGGCUUAUCAGUUGGCUGGGCUUGCAAACAGCUGCUUUCGUUGAAGUUUUGAAUAGGGAAUUUAUAUAGUUGUAUUAACUGUCAUAACUAACAUUUUAGAUUAAAGUUCAGUAUAUAUACGCGAUAAACGCUUGUAAAGUCGCGAGUUACUGCCAGAAUCAGUAUUAUAUCAGGUCAGUAUUUAAAAGUAAAUUCUUAAUUUUACGGAAAAUCCGAUAUCUGCCGUGUUAUCAUCUUUUCUCCCUUUUUUCCCAAAACGCGAUAAGCGCAAAUCCUCCUUUUCUACAGAAUGCAAUAAAUCCGCUCCACAAAUUACAGCGCACCAUUCCACGCAAUGUAAACAAACAAUGGCAGCGCGUUGAAUACACGGAGUCCUAGUUUUCCUCAUCUACUUUGUACUCCGUGAAUCGUGAUCAACAAACAAACAAAAACAAAAUAUUACUUUAAUGGCAUUGAUAAAUCUGUGAUGGUUUUCUGUGACGGGAAAGAAACGUAAGCCAUCAACAUCUAAUAAUUUAUGCAAGAGGCACUCGGGAGACGGGUGCUUGUUCUCCGGACAGCAUCAAGCUUCUCAUGCUAACACAUUGACCCCAGGGGAUCUUAUAAAAAACUUUACAUUAUUUUACUCAAAGUCAACGAAAAUCGAGGGGGACCAAAACAUUUUACAGCUGAUCGCUGUAAAAAAUAUUAAGCGACGACGCAGCAAUGACUAUAUGACAAAGUAAGUGUUUUGAUUAAUGCCAUUAAUGUUUAUUUUUGUAUCAGUGUAUACCACUAGUCAACUAAAUGAAUAUAAAAUGGCAAAGAUAAAUGCACAUUUAUAUAUUGAUUCAAUAGAUUUAUAGCAUUGUGAAAAAAAAACUUUUCAUGGAUUUAUUGCAUUUUGUGGAAAACAUAAUUCGUUUUUAUAAUAAAUCUUUGAAAAUCAAGUUAUGGAUUUGAAUUUUUUAUGUUUUUAUAACCUAAAGAUGCUAUGUGAAAGUUUGUAACAGAAAAUAAGAGGAUUUCAUCUUGUCACUUUCUUGGUAUAGAAAACACGUUUUUACCGAAAUUUGCCAAAAUGGAUUUAUUGCGUUUUGGAACCAAACUCUUCAUAUAUAUAUAUAUAUAUACACAUUUGUAUUAAAUGAUGACUUACACUUAUAGUCUCUAGUUUCUUUAUUAUUUCUGAUUGUAGUACAUAUUUCUCGUUAUCUUUUUAUGAUUUUUUCAUUAUGACGUUAUGCAUUUUUUUUUUGCAUCAGCAGAAACUUUAUGAUAUCAAAACUUUAUCAUCAGUCAUACCUGUGGGAAAUGAAACAAAUGUUUUUUCUGAUCAAGGCUUCUUAAUGCAUGUGGCAUUGCGUGCUCAUAUUGCAUGAUGUUAGUGCAUAAUAUUCCUGUAAAUAUUAUAGCUGAUACACCCAAGCACACAUUUUCCGGAAUUUCUCGUCUAAAAAAAAACACAGAGGCUCUCACAUUCUUCAUGAUUAGCAUUUGUCAAAUAUAAGAUUUGUCAUUGCUGGAAAUUGACUUACUUCUUAAUUGUUUAAUAUGUUUAAUAGUCUCUGCCCUGUGUAGUUUGUAGACAAAACAAAGAUGUGAGUCAGUUGUACAUUUUUGCUUAUGAUUCAACAUACCGGCUUGAUUUCAUCUUCUGACUUUAUUGGGAUUUUUGAACAUUACUGCUGAAUACAAAUCUAGUAUACAUUGUUUGGAUAUUAUUAUGUCCCAUGUGUUUGUUUGAAACCAAUAAACGACAUAUGUACUG